AUGCUUCCCACGCUAUUCAUUGUUGUGCUCCUGCACCUGUUCCGAUUGUCCGAGGGUGAGCCAACCUUCCUGGAGGAGUAUCGGGGCAGCUACGUACCAAAGACUAUCGAAACAUGGUACGGCCGCCAGGUUAUAGCGCCAGAUACUCCAUACGUGGCAACCGCGGGUCCAAAUCAGUUAUACUUCAUUGACACCCGGUUUGACAAUGAGACUGCAAGUCAUGUGAAGGAACAAAUAGAGAAAGCAUCAAUACCAAAGGUAGAUGGAUACUUCUAUAUAGAUGAGAUCUCGGCAACGGUAGAAAUCAAAAACUCUGAGACCAACGAAACAACAUUCGUUUUUGAUCCGCCAUAUGCCAGGGUGAUAUUUGCACAGAAAAUAAACAAGCGCAACCCAGAGCUCAAACUGCCUGAACACGAACCUGCCGGUGAUUGGUUGGUAACCUACGAUGUCGGCACUAGGUUAUCAGACGAUGUCGGCACUUUCACAUAUUGCUCUGAGCUUGGCUGUGGUACAGAUCAGGCGUGUGUCGACCAGUCAGGCGGCAUAUGUAACUUCUGCGACAUCGGCCGGGUCGACAAUGAGUGUGCCGUUGUAGGAAAUCCCAAUAAAGUUGGCAUGUGCGGUGAGAAUGGAUGCGUGAAACCGGUCGACACACCGAAGGAAGAUGGAGAGACGGAUUCUGACUACUAUCAACGGAUGGAUAAGUUGCACUGGACAUAA